AUGCCGAGGCGAUCAACGCAGGAGUGGAUCCGGCUGUCUCUACGCACCCCGGGCAUCCUGAUCUUCGGGAUGGUUUUGGCUCCCUGUGGCUGGAUCCUGAACCUGACAGCCACCGUGGCCCCAAACUGGAGGACCCUCCACAACAUCCCUGAUACCCAGGCAGAUGAGUUCAUCCAGCAGGGCAUCUGGGAGAUCUGCAGGGCCACCUCAACCAACACCAGGACGGAUUGCACCCUGGAGGACACCGAGUAUUUCAACAACCAGAUCAUCGAGGUCGCCCAGGGUUUGAUGGUGGCCUCCCUCAUCGUGACUCUGAUCGGGCUGGCCGUGGCCAUCCCGGGGGUCCGAUGCUGGAGAGACAGGCCUAACUGGAUUUUGGCUGGACUGGGAGGACUGUUGAUCUUCCUCUCAGGAGUCAUGACCAUCAUACCCAUCGCCUGGUACACCCACAUCCUGGAGGAGGUCUCCACCGUGACCCCGUCCAUAGAUGUGCGUGUGGGUUACUGCAUCAUCCUGGGCUACAUCGGAGGGAUAUUUGAAAUCCUGGGUGGCUUCGUCAUGUUCAUCGGGAUCUGCCGGUGCUGUGGAGGAAAGAACAGAGGGGAGACCCGCAUCGAGGAGGUCACUGGGCCCCGGUUCAGGAAUCAGAAGCAGCCGACGAGACGAGUGGAGGUGCCAAGCCUGGACCGGCCCAGGAGCGUCGCCAGCAGCGUCCCGUACUCGAAGGACUCCAUGGAUGAAGAUGUGUCCUUCCCCCGGGCCAAGAGCCCAGCAGCCCGGUCAGCCAACACCUCCUACGGUGGCAGACCCUAUGAUGCAGACCUAUGA